AUGGCCUCCACGACGAGCCUUCGCGCGGCGCCCCGCGCGCCCGCGCCCGCGAGACGCGCGCGCGACGCGCGGACGCGUCGCGCCGCCGCGAACGCGCGCGCGGCGCCGCGUCGCGACGCGACGGCGGAGAACACGUCAUCGUCGCCGUCGUCGUCGUCGUCGUCGACGCCGUCGCGACGCGCGCUGCUCCUGUCCACGGUCGCGACGAUCCCGCUCCUGUCGUCCUCUUCCGCGCGCGCGGUCGAGGUGAACGCGACGACGGUCACCCCGGUGAACGCGUACAUCGGGCUCAUGGACGGCAGAGACGCGAUCGUCUCCGCGAUGGAGCUCCAGGGCCUCCCCGAGGGCGGCCGCAGGUCGCGCGUGAUGAACCUCCUCCCGAGGUACGCGGACAAGGCGAAGACGAUGACCGCGGUGCUUCCCGUGACGAUCGCGACGUCGUUCGGGGAAGUCGUCGACGUCGGCGUCGGCGUCGACGGCGACGGCGACGGCGCGGUGCCCGCGAACGGACUGGGCGCGAUGGAGGACGUGCUGCUGGGCGCGAAGAACUUGACCGUCCUCGCGAAGUACGUCGCGGACGGGACGCCGUUCGGCGAGGAGGAAGUCCCGCAGGCGUCGUUCGCGGCGGCGGUGGAGGCGUGCGAUCGCAUCAUCGAGGCGGCGCCGGCGGACGUCAUGAAGAAGGCGUCCGGGGAGCGGUGCAGGAGGUUGAUAUCGAGCGCGGUGGACAUGGAGGAGAUGAAGACGUUCGCCGCGUCGCCGGCGUGCGAUAACUACGGGAAGUGA